UUUCAGCUUUGAAAUUCUCAUCUUGGCAAAACUGAGACAGAUUCGACGGAGGAUCUGAUGCGGAAAGAGCUUGAGCCUGUAAUCUAGUUUAUUGUACACAGGCAAUCUCCAUGAGGAUAAUUAAUUGGUAUUGUUAAUACCAUCAGGGUACUAUGGCUUAAGCCCAUGGAUAAUUCAAAUCUUUCAAGAGGAUUUCAAAUGGAUUGAGGCACCCAUAUUUCUGUGGAGCAGCAUGGACCAGAGGAUGAGACCUGUUUUGUUGUAAACCCUUUGUUCUCUAUAGACUUUGGUUUUUACAAUGGUAACAGCUUCAUUGCGUCAUGGAAUGACCAUUGCCGGUGCCAUCCUCCUGGUGACAGGGACGCUUUGUUUUGCUUGGUGGAGUGAUGGGGAGAUGGAGGCUGCUGCAUCUAGCAAUGACCUGAAGGUCCUGCCUCUCGGAGAAGCUGAACCAGGGACAAGCUCCUCUUCCUCAAAUUCAAUGCUGAGGUCCAUCAGCUUCUUUUGUUGUGGAAUUGGAGGGCUCCUCCUUCUUUUUGGACUCCUGUGGUCAGCCAACGCUGGAAUCGUUUCUCGCCACUAUCAGUACCAUUUUUCCAGGGACCUUCAUUACUCUACUGUUAAACCUCUUGAAAAACAGACCUGCAGCACCUGGGAAGCCAGCACUGUUCCCACCUAUGAAGAAGCCUUGAAUUGCCAGCCUGCUGAAAAUGCUCUAAGAUACACAGAAUCUCUUAUUUCGAAGGAAAGCAGCUCCUCAUUGUAUCAAGUGGUGGAUGAAAACAGCACGUGGCAUGGAAGCCACAGACACAGUUCCUCUGAUAGUAUAUUGUUCCAGAAUAUUCUACCAAGGCAAGAGUCGGGAUCCUGGGAUGAAGCAGGAGUUGUCUGUGACACUCCACCUCCUAGCUAUGAGAGUAUUGGUUCAAGCGAGAAAUGAUCCAGAGUCCUUAUUCGCUACUUGUUAAGAAUCUAAAUUGCUUUAACCAUGGCCUUUCCCCUCCAGUUAAUUAACUGUAGUCAGCUGGUUUAGAAAGGGAGGAAAUAACUAUUACAUUAUUACAUUUUCAUGUUGUUGUUGUAGGAAUUGGCUGA